UUUUUAAUUAAUUUACUUGGAAAUAUUGCAUUAAUUUUUAGAAAUUGAUAUAAGUAGUCAUAAAAAUAUUCUGUUAGUGUUGUAGUUGUUUUGUUGGGAGUUUUUUUUUUAAUGAUGCAUCGGUUGCUAUUUACGAAUUAAACUGAGUUAGUAUAAUUGAACGCAACUAUAAAAUCUAUAAUCUACGUCUCAUAAAUAUCGAAGGAACUAUUAUCAUCUUUGGAUCUUUCGGCGAUCUCGCUCAAUAAUGAUGAUGUCAUUAUCUAUGCAUCUUGUCUUCGCUCUUCGAGAAGACGAGCCAACGUUUUUGUUCUCCGUAAACGAAGACGACGCCUGAAGAAUAAUAAAUGAAUAUGAAGACAGUGGAUCAAAAAGGCUUGAAGUAUGGAAAAGCAGUCCCACUCGUAAAUUAUACUCUUGGGAUUGGAAAAGGCCCAUUUGUGGAAACAGUUGUUGCAAAGAAACAAAAAAUUAGGAUUGGAAACUUGGACUCUCCACAAUCUCCUCUUGUACUUGAGAGGUGCAAUUUCCGUGAUGUUCUGUCUCUUGCUUGUUGGCUCAUUUCAACCAUCAGUGUAUUUCUCCGUUGGCAACGUUUAGUAAUAAAACUGGAGCACCGUACUGUCUACAAUAAUCCUGGAGAUUAUCCAACAAAUGAAAGAGACUAAGGUUCAACUUGGUCAUACUGAAACAGCCAAGGUCUACAGUGGUGUCUUUUGUGAACUACAUAUUCUUGAUUUGCUGUUUUCGUCUUCACCUUGCAACAUCAUGAAGUUAAUUUUCAACUGAUAAAUAAGAACAACAGGAGAUUUACUGAAACAACAUUUUGUGCUGUGGUAUUCCUUCUGGAUUUAGUCUGCAUUUCACAUCUGCAAACUUUGAAAAGUUACAGUCUACAAUUAAUUAAGGUGGGAAUACUUGAUAUAAUUAAUUUUAAUUGCUCUUUAUUAAUCUGUUACCACCGUAUC